ACCGUUGAUUUAACGAACUGUGAAUAUCGACGGACAACAUUUGGUCCUAGUCUCCGGCAGCAAACCAAAGAACCGAAACCAAAACGAGAGAAUGGGAUGGGAUGAUUUUGUUUCCGAUUGAUUCUCUUCUUGUGUGAAAUCAUUCAAAUUGAUUAGUGAAAAAGGUGUUCAAUGGAAGCUUAUAAGCAAUGGGUAUGGAGGAACAGAGAGUAUGUACAUUCCUUAGGAUCUCUUGCCAACGGGUUGACAUGGCUGCUACCUGAGAAGUUUUCUGCUUCAGAGAUUGGACCCGAAGCAGGUUUUUCUAUGCUUCUUUUUUUUGUUACGGCGAUUCUAGGAAUAUUCACAACCAUCAAUGAACACAUCAUUGAAACUCUUCCAACCACCCCUCCUCCUCAUCUUGGACCAUCAUCCCUUUCUUAUCCCCUACUCAUCUCCAUCCUCAAGGACUUGGAAACCGUUGUUGAAGUGGCUGCUGAGCACUUCUAUGGAGAAGACAGAAAAUGGAACUUCAUUAUCCUCACUGAAGCUAUCAAGGCUCUCAUUAGGUUAGCCUUGUUUCGGAAUACUGGAUAUAAGAUGCUUCUCCAUGGUGGGGAAACACCUAAUGAUGAUGAUGACAAAGAUCCUAACCAACCAGAGCUGCAAAAUAGAGAUAGGAACCAUCGUUUUGGAAACCAAAAUCCAUGGAACUCGGAAAGACGGGCAAUGUCAGCUUUGAGUUCAUUCGGUCAGAAUGCAAGAACAGGAACAGGAACAACAACAACAACAGCAUCUUCUUCCAACUCGGGCUGGUCUCGAAGGAUUCAACACCAGCAAGCAGUUAUAGAGCCACCUGUGGUGAUGGUCAAGGAGAAACGAACAACAAUCUCCGAGCUAUUAUCUGAGAAGGGUGUUAAGGGAGCGUUGUUUGUAAUGGGUGAGGUUCUUUACAUUACGAGACCGCUCAUCUACGUUCUCUUUAUAAGAAGAUAUGGGAUCAGUUCUUGGAUUCCUUGGGCUAUAUCACUCUCUGUGGACACACUGGGGAUGGGGAUUCUUUCAAAUCUGAAGCUGUGGGGAGAGGAGAGCAAGCAAAUCCAUUUCUCUCAACCUGAAAGAGACGAGCUUAGGAGAAGGAAGCUGCUAUGGGCAUUGUACCUCUUGAGAGAUCCAUUCUUCACCAAGUACACAAGGCAGAAGCUGGAAAGCUCUCAGAAGAAGGUGGAACCAGUUCCAUUGAUAGGCUUCUUUACAGAGAAAAUUGUGGAGCUUUUGGUGGGAGCUCAGACACGGUACACUUACAUAUCGGGAUCUUGAGUUCAACCCUUUUGUUGGAGUGUCCUUUGGAAGGCUCAUGCAGAGAUUAGUAGGGAAUGUUUCAGGCUUUUGUAAGAAAGUGCGUUUAUUGUUGCAGUUAGGACAUACAGUCACAUAAUAAAGAUAGAUGAUGAGUUUUGUUUA